AGAGCCGCCAUGUUUGUGUAAUUUAUGGACGGGUUGAUUUGUGUUGAGAGUGGUAACAAUUCUAACUAUUAAUUUUACGUUUUAAUAGUAUCCUAAUGUGUAAUUUAGUAUUUGAAUUAGCUUGUAUGAGUGUUCUAUUUUGAAUAGAUAUAGAAAACAGUGAGAACAAUGGAUCCAGCAAAGAUGAAGGUUGUGGAUCUAAGAUCCGAGCUUGGAGCGCUUGGAUUAGACACUAAGGGAAAUAAAGCAACCUUAGUCGAUCGACUGAAGAAAGCACUUGAAUCGAAAAGUGGGACGAAAUUGCCUGAUACCUCAAUCCUCGAUACAUCUAAUGAGGAUGCAGAUGAACCAAGCACUCCUCGCAAGCCAGCUCCGAGGACAACUAGACGUACAUCAUCAUCGCGAUUGGCUGCAACUCCAGCAAAGGUGUUGAAAAGUGAAACUCCGCCGCCGGUAGUGCUGGAGUCGCCGAGGGAAGAGGAAGACCCUCCAACGCCGCCACCCGCGAAGGAGAAGGCUCAAGAGCAAUACACGCCUGAAGUUUCCGAGGAGGAAGAGACGAGUGUUCACACACCGGAAAUCGAGAAAAAUCGUAGUAGUUCACCAGAAACUGCAAUGGAAGUUGACCAUGAAGAUGAAAGGGAAGAGCAGACAAGCAAUUUUGUUGCAACAAGCAAAGAUGAUGAUGAGUCCAAUAAAGAAGAAAGUGAUACCAAUACCGAAGAUAGUGAGACCCAUAAAGGAGAUAGUAAAACGAAUAAAGAAGAUAGUAAGACCAAUAAAGAAGAUAGUAAGACCAAUAAAGAAGAUAGUAAGACCAAUAAAGAAGAUAGUAAGACCAAAAAAGACGAUAGCAAGACCAAUAAAGAAGAUAAAGAGAAUAAUAAGUCCAAAAAAGAAGAUGAAAACAAAGAGAAGUCUAAAGCUGUGGAUGAGAAGCACAAAGAGCGGAGGCCUAUGAGAGAGAGAGAACUCACUGAGGAGGAAGAAUGGGAGCAGCUGAAUGAACGCCUUAUUAUCAGGGAAAAGGAGAGACUUGAACGAGAACGAUUGCAGGCUGAAGAGGACGCUAAAAAACUUGAGGAGCUAAAAGAUAAUCCAGUGAAGUUGCAGCGAUUGAAACGAAAGUAUGAGAAGAAGGCACGCUGGAGCAAUUUCUAUAAGAAUAUUGAGAAGGUCAAUGAAAUACUGACUCCACCGGCAGAGCCUGCUACCCUGCUCAGUGAGCAAAAGAAACAGGAUGAGGCUCCAAAGAAUGUUGAACCAGAAUUGAAUGAUAACAAAGUCACUCUCUCGUGGUAUGACAGUGAUCUGAACCAAUACCUGGAGCUGCCCGAGCUGAGCUCCGUGGUGGCCAUGAGCGAGGGCCCGUUCUCGCACGCCUGGGCGGGCGUCCGAGCCACGCACGGCGUCGUCGACCAACGCGUGUGCUUUGAGGUACGCGUCGGGUCAAUUGUGACUACCACAGAGAGCGCAGAGAAAGACACCCUGCUGAAUGGGCUCAGGAUUGGUUGGUCCACUGAUGACUCUGACUUGCAUCUUGGCGAGGGCGAAUUCAGUUUCGGGUACGAGAACACCGGCCGCGCCGUCAACAACAGCCAGUUCAAGGAGUACGGGAAGACGUUCGCCGAGAAGGACGUCAUCGGAGCGUAUCUGGACCUAGAGUCGAGCCCGUGCAAGAUCUCGUUCACACUGAACGGCGUGGAGCUGGGCACUGCCUUCGAGUUCGAGCGGAGCGCUCUGGGCGGCCGCGCGCUGUUCCCGCACGUGCUCACCAAGAACAUGUGCUACAAGGUCAACAUGGGCUACGAGAGAUACAACCUGCUCUCAAAAACGAAGAUUGUGCGCAAAACCAUCCAAAUUCCGGUUGAACAGGUAUUGGAAGAGAAGAAGAAGCGAGACGAGGAGAUGAGGAAGAAAAAAGAAGAAGUGGCGCGCAAGAGACAAGAGAGGCAGAAGAAACGGAAAGAGGAGAGAGAGAAACAAGAGCGUGAACGUAAAGAAGCCCAAGCUAAGAAAGAUAAGGAGAAGUCCGAGCAGGCUGACAAGGACAAGACUGAGCAGACAGAGAAGAAGGAGUCGGCUGGGGAGAAGAAAGAGUUGGCUGGGGAGAAGAAGGAGUCGACUGGGGAGAAGAAAGAGUCAGCUGGGGAGAAGAAAGAGUCGGCUGGGGAGAAGAAAGACGACGAUGUGGAAAUGGAGGAGGAUGAUGAGACGGCUGUGCCAAAGGCGAAUGGUGAAUCCCUGGAAGUUGAAGUUAAGGUUGAAAGGAUGGAUACCACUGAGAAGCCAAAGGAAGAAGGGAAACAACAGAAGAAAGAAGACGGUGAGCAGGUGCAAGUGGUGACAGAAGAACAGGUGUACAGUGGCGUGUUUGACAGGAGAGUUAAGUUUAUUAUACGACACACGGCGGAGGAGGAGCUGGACGGGCCGGAGGCGUGCCUCGUGCCCGGCUACGUGCUCCUCGCGCACGCCGCGACCGUCGAGGGGCCGCGACGACCCGCCGCGCUCGCCCACUGUGAGGUGAUCCUCAUGGUGGGAAUGCCAGGUGCGGGCAAGACACACUGGGCUAAGAAACACGCCGCUGAGAAUCCCGACAAGAGGUACAACAUCAUCUCUACGGGGGCGCUAUUCGAUAAGAUGAAGGUGGACUGCAAGCCGUUCCGCUCGACCUACGAGGGCAAGUGGGACGCGAUGGUGUCCAAGUGCGCGAAGUGCGUGCUCAAGAUAGUGGAGGUCGCCAAGGGCCGCCGCAGGAACUUCAUACUUGAUCAGACGAACGUGUACCCGUCGGCGCAACGUCGCAAGCUGCGCGAGUUCGACGGGUACCGGCGCGUGGCCGUCGUGGUGGUGGUGACCCCGGCCGUACUGGCGGAGCGGGCCGCGCGGCGAGAGUCGGACUCGGGCAAGGAGGUGCCCGACCCCGCGCUCACGGACAUGAAGGCGAACAUCAGUCUACCGGAGAAAUCGGCGUGGCUGGAUGAGGUCAUCUAUCCCGAGCUGAAUGAGGAGGAGGCCAAGAAGGUGAUUGAGGAGUACCAGAAGGAGGCGAAGGCCGCGGGCGUCGUUAAGGAGAAGGAGAAGAGAGAAAGAUCGGCGGCUAGAGAGGCUCCGCCCGUCAAGCGACAGCGGUCGUCCGAUAGCAGGAGACGAGACGACCGGAGGAGAGAUUACGGGAGAGAUAGAGAAGAUCGGUGGGGUGGCAACAGCGGCGGCGGCGGCGGUGGCGGUAGUGGUGGCAGUGGUGGCGGCGGCGGCGGCAGAUGGGGCGGCAUGGGCGGUGGAGGCGGCGGCAUGGGCUACGGAGGAGGGGGAGGUGGAGGAGGAGGGGGUGGCGGCCGAGGUCGCUGGGGCCGGGAACGAUCCGGGGGACCACCUCCCUCGCGCUUCGACCGAGGCUGGGGCAGCGGCGGAGGAGGCGGUGGUCACGGCGGGGGCGGCGGUCACGGCGGGGUCGGCGGUCACAGGAAUGAUUUUGGCGGCAGACGCGACGACUUCCGCGGUCGGGGUCCCAGCGGCCCCCCGCCGCACGGAGGACCGGGCCCUAUGGGUCCGAUGGGCGGCGGGCCCAUGGGAGGUCCGGGCGGGCCGCGAGGUGACCGCGGGCCCCGCGCCCCGAUGGAGAGCCGCUUCCAGAGAGACCGACCCGUGAACAACAGACCGCCGCCGAGCCAGCCGGAGAAGCGACCGCCGCCACUCGUUAGUGUGGGCGGUGGCGGCGGCGGCGGCCAUGUGAGCUCUGCGGGCGGCGGGCAGGGUUCGUGGCAGCGCGGCUCGCAGCCGGCGCGCCCGGCCCGGCCGCACGGACCCGCGCCCGCCAGCCAGCCCGGCCAGAACAACCAGCCCGCCAACAACCCGCCCGGCAACAACCCGCCCGCCAGGAACGUGCCGCCCCCCGCCAAGAAGGACAAUCAAAACCAGGUGGCCAACCAGAAUCAAAAUCAGAACCAAAAUCAAAAUCCGCAAAAUCAGCAAAGUUGGAACCAAUGGGCGAACAACUGGGGUGGGUGGGGCAAUUGGGGCAACCAGAACCAAGGUUGGGGCAAUUGGGGUAACUGGGGUUGGGGCAACCAGCCUGGCGCAAACAAUAACUCUGGACAGGGGCAAGGGCAAAACCAACAACAACCACAGGGUGGUGGCAGCAACAAGAAUAACCAGUCUAACCAGCAGCAACAGCAGUGGCCCGCCAACUACACGGCGCAGCAGUGGUACCAGUGGCAGCAGUGGCAGCAACAGCAGCAGGGCUGGCCCGGGUACGGCACGAGCGGCGCGGGCGCGGGAGCGGGAGCGGGCGCGGCCACGCCGGCCGACCAGGCGCAGGCGUGGGCGCAGUACUUCCAGAACUACGGCGGCGGUAACGCGGGUACCAACAAUCCGGCCAUCGGCGCACCGGACAAAAAAUAGCGACAAACACCACACGCGCUGGAUAAGAACGACACGUGAUUCCGUACACAAAUGUAUUUUUGCAUUCAAACCUAGCUUUAGCAUUAGAUAUUAACUCCCAAAGGUUAAUUCGAAUUAAGGUGAUUCGCAAUAUAUAAUAUUGUUCGAUUUUUAAUUGGAAUUGUAAGUUACGUCCCGGGGCUCAUUCGUUACUGAUUGCAAACACAAUAGUUUAAGUGAAAAUUAUAGUAUUUUUACCUCUGUCGUACAAAUAGUUACACAGACGAUUGUAUUAUCAUACAGUAAGAUUAAAAUUAUAUCAUGAUAAGAUGACUAAAACUCGCUACCCAAAAAACACAUGUCGCAUGGAAGACAAGCAGAUAUGCUUGUCUUCUUGAUAUGUUAUAUGAUAAUGUAACAUGAAAAUGUAGCAUGUCUCUGUAUUAUGUUUUAUAUUUCAAGUUGAAUAUAGCUGUCAAGUAAAUGUGCGUAUGUUUGUUUUAUCUAGAUAUUACAUUAGUUGAUAUUUGGAUGAAAUAUAAAUCAAUUCAUGUUUUAUUUCUCUCCACUAUUUAAAUUGUCAAGUAGCUUAAAACCUCCGUAUUUUUUUAUUUUUAUAAUCAAAUUUUAUUUCCUAAAACAAUUAUAAUCUGUAAAUUUUUCAAUGAACACGUUUGCCUCACGUUUGUGUGACAAGUUUGAUAAUUAGUGCAAAUACGAAUUUAGAAUAUAAGUGUCACAACCUGCAUAGAGUGAUCACAGUAAAAAAAUAUUAAUUUUGUAAGUUAAAUUUUGUUCAUACUGGAUGUCUUAUAACUAGAGUUUACAGUAAACAAAAUAUUAUCAAUUACCGUUUGGUAAUAAAAAUAAUACCAUGUACAUUAUUUUAUUCUAGUUAUAAUUAGGAAAUUAAAGAUGUUUGGGCAUCUAGUAUGAACUAGUGUUAACUGGUUUUGACGUUCGUAAUGAGCUAAUAAUGAGGAACACUGUAUGCUGCAGAGGUCUGGGAGCUUCUAAUGCAAUUUAACUUUAAUAAAUUUAUUGUAUAAGU